AUGGUACUGCUGGACCUGAUCUUCCUCCCACCCCCAACUCACUGCAGGGACUUCCUGCCCCGAGGAUCUGGCAUUGUCACCCGCCGCCCCCUGGUCCUGCAGCUGGUCAAUGCCACCACAGAAUAUGCUGAGUUCCUGCAUUGCAAGGGGAAGAAAUUCACUGAUUUUGAGGAGGUGCGUCUGGAGAUCGAGGCUGAGACCGACAGGGUCACUGGCACCAACAAGGGCAUCUCGCCUGUUCCCAUCAACCUCCGCGUCUACUCGCCCCACGUGCUGAACUUGACCCUCGUGGACCUUCCCGGAAUGACCAAGGUCCCUGUGGGGGACCAACCUGCCGACAUCGAGUUCCAGAUACGGGACAUGCUGAUGCAGUUCGUCACCAAGGAGAACUGCCUCAUUUUGGCUGUGUCCCCCGCCAACUCCGACCUGGCCAACUCUGAUGCCCUCAAGAUCGCCAAGGAGGUGGACCCCCAGGGUCAGCGCACCAUUGGGGUCAUCACCAAGCUGGACCUGAUGGACGAGGGCACCGAUGCCCGAGAUGUGCUGGAGAACAAGCUGCUCCCCCUGCGCAGAGGCUACAUUGGGGUGGUGAACCGGAGCCAGAAGGACAUCGACGGCAAAAAGGACAUCACAGCCGCCCUGGCUGCUGAACGCAAGUUCUUCCUCUCCCACCCCUCCUACCGCCACCUGGCGGACCGCAUGGGCACACCUUACCUGCAGAAGGUCCUCAACCAGCAACUGACCAACCACAUCCGGGACACACUGCCAGGGCUGCGGAACAAGCUACAGAGCCAGCUGCUGUCCAUUGAGAAGGAGGUGGACGAGUACAAGAACUUCCGUCCUGACGACCCAUCGCGCAAGACCAAGGCCCUGCUGCAGAUGGUCCAGCAGUUCGCUGUGGACUUUGAGAAACGCAUCGAGGGCUCAGGGGACCAGAUUGACACUUACGAACUGUCUGGGGGAGCCCGUAUCAACCGCAUCUUCCACGAGCGCUUCCCCUUCGAGCUGGUCAAGAUGGAGUUUGAUGAGAAGGAACUCCGAAAAGAGAUCAGCUACGCCAUCAAGAAUAUCCAUGGCAUUAGAACGGGGCUCUUUACCCCAGACAUGGCCUUUGAGACCAUUGUGAAAAAGCAGGUGAAGAAGAUCCGAGAACCGUGUCUCAAGUGUGUGGACAUGGUUAUCUCGGAGCUAAUCAGCACCGUUAGACAGUGCACCAAGAAGCUCCAGCAGUACCCGCGGCUGCGAGAGGAGAUGGAACGCAUCGUGACCACCCACAUCCGGGAGCGCGAGGGGCGCACCAAGGAGCAGCCCCCGCCCCUCGCCCUCCAGGUCAUCCGCAAGGGCUGGCUGACCAUCAACAACAUUGGCAUCAUGAAGGGGGGCUCCAAGGAGUACUGGUUUGUGCUGACCGCUGAGAACCUGUCCUGGUACAAGGAUGACGAGGAGAAGGAGAAGAAGUACAUGCUGUCGGUGGACAACCUGAAGCUGCGAGACGUGGAGAAGGGCUUCAUGUCCAGCAAGCACAUCUUCGCCCUCUUUAACACAGAGCAGAGGAACGUCUACAAGGAUUAUCGGCAGCUGGAGCUGGCCUGCGAGACCCAGGAGGAGGUGGACAGCUGGAAGGCCUCCUUCCUGAGGGCUGGCGUGUACCCUGAGCGCGUGGGGGACAAGGAGAAAGCCAGCGAGACCGAGGAGAAUGGGUCAGACAGCUUCAUGCACUCCAUGGACCCCCAACUGGAGCGGCAGGUGGAGACCAUCCGGAACCUGGUCGACUCGUACAUGGCCAUCGUCAACAAGACUGUGCGGGACCUCAUGCCUAAGACCAUCAUGCACCUCAUGAUCAACAAUACAAAGGAGUUCAUCUUCUCGGAGCUGCUGGCCAACCUGUACUCGUGCGGGGACCAGAACACGCUGAUGGAAGAGUCGGCGGAGCAGGCGCAGCGGCGCGAUGAGAUGCUGCGCAUGUACCACGCACUGAAGGAGGCGCUCAGCAUCAUCGGUGACAUCAACACGACCACCGUCAGCACGCCCAUGCCCCCGCCCGUGGACGACUCCUGGCUGCAGGUGCAGAGCGUACCGGCUGGACGCAGGUCGCCCACGUCCAGCCCCACGCCGCAGCGCCGGGCCCCCGCCGUGCCCCCAGCCCGGCCAGGGUCGCGGGGCCCUGCUCCUGGGCCUCCGCCUGCUGGGUCCGCCCUGGGGGGGGCACCCCCCGUGCCCUCCAGGCCGGGGGCUUCCCCUGACCCAUUUGGUCCUCCCCCCCAGGUGCCCUCGCGCCCCAACCGUGCCCCACCGGGGGUGCCCAGCCGAUCGGGUCAGGCAAGUCCAUCCCGUCCUGAGAGCCCCAGGCCCCCCUUCGACCUCUAAGCAGGCCCCUCUUCCUCGGAGACCUCUCUUCCCAAGCCCGCCUGGACGGCUGCUCUGUGACCGUGGCUCCCCAGCCCCAAGCCUCCCCUCUGUGACCUUAGUCUGUUGUAGUGGUGAGCUCACUCAUCCAGGCGUGACCUUGGUGACACUUGUGUCCCUCCGUGGCAUCGCUCCUGCCCUGUCCUAUAAAUACCUGCGCGCGUGCACACGCACACAGACGUGUGCGCAGCCACGCCAGCCCCUGGUGCCGGGAGCCGCCGCGCUGUCCUUCAGGAGUCCUGUGGCCCGACUACCAGGAGGCGCUGUCACCCCGACUGCCCCGCCAAUGCGCGCCACCUCCGGCGAGCCUCCCCGUCGCCCCAGCCAGUGGACAGCCAGCCCGCGCCCCCUUGCCGCCCCUUCCCCCGAGCAGCUGCGUGCCCUGGCCGCUCCUGUCUUGCUGUCUCCUGGCUGAGAAUAAAACCCAUCUCUGAGCAAUGGG